AUGAAGUAGAAUAAUUUGACUUCGAAAUCCAAAAAUUUGAAUAGAACCUCAUGCAAUGAUCAGAACAAUUACAAUUCGAUUUAUAUCUAGGACUAGUAGUCAAAUAUGGAUGAUGCUGAAUACGAGAGUCUUAGUGGAUUGCUUCGAUCUUUGAAUACAAUUAUAAACAAGAUAAUUAAUUACUUUUCUCACAGUAGCAUAUAUUAGAGUAUUUUAUUUAUAGGACUCACAAAAUUUAUAAACUCCAUAUUUCAGAGGUUUUCAAAGAAUUCUAGUUCUUGUCAGAUUACACAUUCACAUAAAAUUUAUAACAUGAUAAUGGAAAAAAAAAAUAUCAAGGAAUUUCAUAUUUAUUUAGAUAAGAGAGUUAAGAUCUUGUGGAAUAUCAUACAUUCAAAUGUUCUCAAUGAUAAAUUGAUAGACGAAUCUAGAUUGAAGGAGCUAGUAUUAUAAAAUAGGAUUUCUGAAUACAUCGAAGAGUUGAUUAACAAAAAAAAGUAUUUCACAGCCUAUAAAUUUAUGAAUGCAUUCUAAUAUGAGACUGUUUCAUAUCAAGUAAGAAGAAAAUAGAUUAUAUUAGGAAUUAGUGCAUGAGAUGAGUUUGAAUGACAUGAAAUUAUAAACUAAGAUUAUUAAGGAGCAACGUUUAGAUAUAGCAGAUAAUUAGAAGGUUGUGAAUCAUUUGAACAACGAAUCCUUAAGAUUUUUUAUUUUUGUAUGAAAAUCAUUAAUAUUAUAGAAAGCAGAACUACCAAUAGAGAAAGUGGAAGAACUAUUCCUAGGAGAUGAUAGCAAAUUAUAAUUUUUGGUUGAGAACUAUUAUGAAACAAAUAAAGAAAUGACAAUUUAAAUAGCAAAAAGACAUGAUAUAAAGGUGUAAAAUCCUUUGAUCUAAAAGGAGAUUGAUGAUUGUAAUUGUGUUAGCCAAAAUGCAUUAUUACAAAAUGAUGCCUUCUGUAUUAAUUGUAUCUAUAUUCUUAGUGCCAUCAGAGAUAAUACUAUAACCAAAGAAGAUUGAUCAAUAUGUGCUACUGAGUGACUUCAAAAUUUAUAGGGAAGAUGUAGUUUUGAUUGAGGAUGAAGAAGCAUUGCAAGAUGAAAUCAUAGAUCAAAUUUUAAAGGCAUCUUAAACUGGAAUAGAUACUGAAAGCUUUUAAGAUAUUCCUCAAAAUACAUUUUCAGCAAAAAAUUAGGUUUGUUUAUUUUAGAUUGCUUUACCAAAUAAGAUUUACUUAUUAAACACAACUAGUCUUACGAAUAGUAUCAAAUAUCAACAGUUCCUGGUGUAAUAUGCAAGUAGUGAUAGCUUAAAAAUUGGAUAAAAUAUAAAAAUGGAUUUUUUGAGUCUAUUAGUUUAGAUUGGAAAACAGGAUGUCGAAUUAAGAAACUUUAUUGAGUUAUCUCAGUUAUUUAGAUAGAAAUAUCCAGUUGAAAAGAAAACUAAUUUGUCAUUCUAAUGUUAAAGGUUAUUGGGGAAAGAACUAGAUAAAGUAGAAUAAAUAUCACAUUGGCAAAAGAGACCAUUAAGAAGUGCUUAGAUUCAUUAUGCAGCGCUGGAUGCGAUAAUUUGUUUGCAUCUUUAUAAUCACUAUUUACAAUGA